CGCAUUGCAACAAUUUAAACCGAAGGUAACCCUGUGGGACUCGCAUUCGUCCUUUCAUAGUCGCUCGACGUUGAAGAAAACCUGCCAGGACGACUUCAUCAUGAUCAGCUUCAUAUCUCUGGGCUUGCUCGCUUUGGGCUCGUUGUUCGCUUUCUGCACAGCUCAUGUAGGUCAAUCGAAUAGCAGCUACGACAUGUUUUGGGGGACUUCAAGCUAUUAUGCCCAUGGUCAGUAAAGUCAAAUGAAGGCACUAGCUGUCACUCAUUGAUUCAGGGCUCGACGAAGCGACCCGCACCGCUUGGCUCGAUGGCCUGCAGCGGGAUGGAGCACGAAUCAUCAGGAUCUGGAUUAAUGGUAUAUCGCCAGGAACUUACAAGGGCACGAAUAUCACGGUGACCAUUCCCAACCUCGAAGAGACUGUGGGCGUUUACAACGACACCGUUCUUGAUGCCAUUGAUGAUCUCCUCAUGGAAGGCCAUCGUCGUGGUAUCAAAUUCAUCAUUUCCAUCCAUGAUGGCAACGCAUUCGGGCAGAACUCCUGUGACGCCUAUUGUACUGAAUUUGGGGGGUUUGGCCCUGCCUCUGGAACACCAAUUACUCUGGGAAACUCGUUCUACACAAAUCCCGCAGCAGUUGCCGCCUUUGACAACAGAAUUGGUCACAUCAUGAACUAUCAGUCACCAAAUUUUAGAAAGCCCUGGGCGCAGCUGACAGAAGCAAUAGCUGCAUUCGAUAUUGAAAACGAACCCAUGAUCCAGGCCAUCACUCAGCUUGACAGUGUUGGCCCAACAUGGUUCUGUGAUCGCGCAAAGCAGUUCAAAAAGUACAUUGGCACCGCUCCCAUUGCUGUGUCCACUGGAGGUGCUGGUGGCAGCGGAAAUAUCUACCAGGACUGGAACUGGAGACCAUGGCUGUUUACCUGUCCAGAAAUCGAUUGGAUCGCAUUACACGGAUACGAUGGCGAUUGGACUCAGUGGGUGCCGAACGCGACCGCUCUCGCUGCUCAACACACCAAAAAGCUGUUUGUAGAAGAAUGGGGGGUCGUCGCCUCUGCGCGAGCAAACAACCUUGCCUGGAAUUUCGAGAAGUUUAUAGAGCUUGGCCUCAGCUGGGUAUAUUGGGAGCUCGUUCCGGGACCGAUCAAAAGCUGCUACUGUGGUUCUGAUCGCAGCAACGCUGUGUUUGAGGUGCAGCUUGAUGGCCCAGACUAUACAGGCUUUCAGACUAUUGCAAAUCGCACAUUGACGGCAAAGUCUGCAUAUGACUUCUCAGCCUACCUGGCUUUGUGACAGGCGAGGAGAAAGGCAGGUCACAGCGUACACGCAAGCACCCGUAUAGCCUUUUUGCCGCAUGCGCAUGGGUAGAAGACCAAAGAUUUCAAUUUCAAGUUUCUGAAGUGAGAGAACUAGCCGCUAGGCCCAAGCUUGUCACGCAAAUAACUGAAUAUCGCUGUUAUAUCAGUUUGGAAUGGACGCCAGAGAGCUUCGCGCCACGAA